AUGGGAUUCACGCCGCUUGAUUGGGUAGUGUUGACAGGAUUGAGUAUUGGAAUUGGGGAUGAUGUUCCGUAUAACCCAGUCAAGUACAAAUUUGAUUAUGUCCGUGAGCAUGUUUUUCCAGAAAUAGAAGAACCCUUAGAUUAUGAAGAUCCCCCAAUCUCUGGAAAAAAACGCCCCCCGGCACAGUGGAUUUCAGAUGCAAUCACAAUUAAAUUUUUGACUACGUAUUUCAAAGAAGAUAUCUUGGUUGCAGCUAAUUUGGAUGACAAACUUGCAGAAAAAGUGGCGAGGGCCUUUUUUAUGUAUGUUUUGGGAAAUUUUUUCUUUUCCAAUGCAAAGAACUACAUUGAUGCGGCUUGGUUAGCUGCUUUUGAGGAUCUAAAUGCAGUUGAUAUGUAUGACUGGGGUGGUCCUGCUUUUGCAAAAUUGUAUGUGGCACUCAACGCAUCUGGUAGGGGACAGAAGUCAUUAACUGGGCUGUUCCAAAUAUUAGAGUUUUGGGGAUAUGAAUAUCUGGGCAUAUGUAGACCGUGCGACCCAACUAGUGAAGAAAAAUGGCCAAGAACUUCCCGGUGGAAAGCGAAGAAAAAGACUAUCGAUAUUGUUCACUGUAGGAAUGCGCUUAAUCAGUUGACUGCAGACAUCGUGACAUGGAGACCGUGGGAAUCCGCCAUUGGUGUUCUUGACUCUGAUGUUGGUCGCAGGGCUGUGGAGCUUUCAAACAAAAGGGUUAUAUUUACUUGGAUUGGCAAGAAUAUGUGGUACCUAGGAGAACGAUCUUGGAGGCAAAAUCAUCCUACUUUUGGAAUUCCUAGAAAUCCACCAUUUAAAAUUGGCGAGGUCAGUCAUGAGAAAGCAAAACUUGUGAAAGAAGCUGGAUGGGUAGAUGCAAAUAUGUUUGUGAAAGCUGUUUCAUAUAAUAUGUAUCUGCGAUAUUGGCGACAUGUAACUAACUUCCAUCAAUUCGUGACCAAAGUCGAUUGGGUAGUUGAAUUACACGGGGUUGAUGGUGACCGUGUUAAACACCUUAUUCAACGACCUGCUCAGCAUGUACCUAUUCCACCACCACAACAAUUAUCAUACCCUGAAGCUUAUAAUCUGUUCAAGAACAUGCCGAUUUUAAUCGUGCGUUUCGCGAGUUUGUAUUAUAUGAAACGGAAGACAGGAUGA